AUGGGCAUAUGCAGGUAUGCACUUUUAUACAGUGUUUUGAUGAGCACUGGAGAUGCAAUUUGUCAAAUAGUCAUUGAAAAACGACGAUCCAUUAAUGAAUAUGACUUCAAGAGGACUUCUAGGUUCUUCACAUUUGGCACUCUAAUUAUGGGUCCAGCGCUGAGGUACUGGUUUGUGUUUUUGGACAGAACAUUCACAAGACCUCCUCCUCUUGGUGUCAUUCAGAAACUUGCAGCAGAUCAGGACUACUUCUUGAUUCUUUUCAAUGGUUACAAGGUCUGGCCUCUAGCUCAAUUGAUCAACUUUUAUAUCAUACCUCUGCAACACAGGAUAUUGUUUGUGAACAUGGUUGCACUGUUCUGGAAUGUGUACCUGGCCUUCAAGUCUUUCCAUUAA